CCGGACCGCCCGCCUUAGUCGCCUGUCCUGAAGCUCCGCAGCUCCAGCCUAAGGAUGGAGUCUCUCCCUGAAGCAGUCCUGAUCCGAAUCCUGGCUGCCAUACCUGCGGUGGAUUUGGUGCUGGCGUGCCGCCUGGUCUGCUGCCAGUGGAAAAACCUGGUUGAUGGAGCUGCACUUUGGAUCCUGAAGUGUCAGCAGGAAGGCCUCACUGGAGCUGAGUCACAGGAGGAUGCAGAGAACUGGCAAAACUUCUACUUCCUGAGUAAGAAAAGGAAGAAUCUCAUCAAGAACCCAUGUGGUGAAGAAGACUUGCAGCACUGGGGAGAGGUAGAGAAUGGAGGUGAUGGCUGGAAAAUUGAAGAGCUCCCUGGGGACUUUGGAACAGAAUUCCCUAGUGAAGAAGUCCAUAAAUACUUUGUUACAUCUUUUGAGUGGUGUCGAAAGGCUCAGGUCAUUGACCUUAAGGCUGAGGGCUACUGGGAAGAGCUGAUGGAUACAACCCAGCCUAAAAUUGUGGUAAAAGACUGGUACGCAGGACGCAGCGAUGCUGGCUGCCUCUAUGAGCUGUGUGUGAAGCUGCUCUCAGAGAACGAAGAUGUUCUGGCUGAGUACAAAAGUGAGACCAUUGCCAUCCCACAGGACAACGAUGCCAAGUGGACUGAGAUCAUCCACACCUUUUCCAACUACGGGCCCGGGGUCCGCUUUGUGCGCUUCGAGCACGGUGGGCAGGACACCCUGUUCUGGAAGGGAUGGUAUGGGGUCCGUGUCACCAACAGCAGUGUGACAGUGGAGCCGUAGCCUGCAUGCUGCAGAUGACUUCCCUCAGGGCAUCCCAUGGCCUUUGGAUGGUUCCUGCAUGGUGCUGCUUCCAGGCUGUAGAGCAUACAACCCUUCUGCGAGUGAAUGUGCGUGCAAGAUGCCAGGGGCACCGUCCAUGCCCCCUAAGGAGGACUAUGCAACUAAUGUGAAUAGAGCUGUGAGUACACCACAUGAGAGCCAGCCUCGCCACUCACACUCAUGUGCUCUGUCAGGCAUGAAGUCACCCCUGCAGACAUUACUUCUAGGCCAUCAACCCCUAGCACCCAGCCUGACCUAAAAACCCCUCCCAAUGUGCCUUCCCAGGCUUGGGUACCCCUUAAAUUUAAAGGGUACUUUGGGUGUAUUUUCUGGAAGUUAGAAUGGAAAAGGAAGGAAGGAAAAAGGAGGCGGGGAAAGACCCUGUGUCUUAGAACAUGGCACGGUAACCCAGAACCCUGCCAUGUCUCUGUCACCAACUGAUAAACAACAGAGGUCACUGCUUGCCACACAGGAGCUCUGGCUUGGCUGCUGAGCCCUGUUAGUUUGGUUUUUAGUGACAAUGCAAAGCAAUGGAGAAAUGGAGCCCUUACUGUUACACUGUUCCCAGCAUCUGUUCAUCUGGGAAAGGGCUGGGAACUGAAACUUCUGUGGUGUCCAGCCCUGGGGCUUCAGAUGGGUGACAACAGAGUGUGAUUGCUGGCAGAGAGACAAGGACUCAGGGAAACAGGUUAGAAGCAACCUGGGGAGAGGGUCCAGCAACAAAUGAAAACGAAGUCAUCUACUCCUUCCUGGUCUCUACAUGCUUCAUGCAACAAGAACCCUGGUCACCCAGAGCGGUUCCCUUCAGGCAGGAGACACUGCGCACAGAAAGCUGUUGUUAGCCCCAGUUGAUGUCAGUUCUUCCUACCCACUAGCAGUCUCUGUGGAAGGAGCCUGUCUGCCCCCACUCUAUAUGCUCCCUGCCCAGGCAGCACUUCACACCUACUCCCACUGGUGCCUCUUGAUAUCACUCAGGGCUGUGAGCCACCAUCCUGAACAAAGACACCUUGGCUGCCCUGAGCCCAGCCUGUCCCUGCUAGUCAGCCCUCUCAGAAGAGCAUCUCCUUAAUAGAGAUGGUGUUGCCUAGAGAGACAGGCACAUUUCAGUGUCCACCUGUCUCUGUCUUCCCCUCCUGGGCUGCCAGCACACACAUACUUGAAUGUCACUUUGCAUCAAAGUGCAGCAUCACAAGUGAAGGUUGCUGCUGCUGCAGCCAGAGAAGAGCUCCUGUGCCGCUUGCUUCAGGCACGCUGCGCUUCGUUGGGCUUUCUGCACCCUGCCCCUGGCUGCCUGGGGCACACUGGCCCUCAGACCACAGCUGUGCCAUGCUGGAGCCCAGGCAAACAUAAUAAAGUGACACUGUUGUGUGUGGAUCUUCCCUCGU